GUUGUUUAGACAGACUGAAGACCGAGCUACGUGCAGGACGGAUUUCGUGGGGAAAACAGUGCAAAUUACGGUUACCGUAGUAGACACCCGUGAUUUCUGAAAAGCAGCCGGAUACAGGAGAGGAAAGAUGCGAUUCUCCGACGAUAGUACGUGACGGAUGCAAGUGUUGACAACCAGAAUGGACAACAGAGACUCUACUGUUGAUGACAAUGACGAUGCAGAUUUGAAAGACAUCACUCUCCGCCUCGUUUCCGACAGUACCAAGAACGAGAUGGUGCGAGCUUGCAUCAAAGGAGACGCGGAGAGAGUGGCGAGUUUGAUCAACAAUGGCAGCUGCUUUGUUGACAUGAGAGACAGCAACGACUUUAGGGCGCCACCUAUACUCCAUAUCGCUGCAUCCAACGGCCACGUGGACGUAGUUUCAUUGCUUCUCGCUUGCGGGGCUACUGUUGAUGCUGUUGACAAAUACGGCUUCAGCGCGCUUCACAAGGCAAGUAAAAAUGGCCACCAGGAUGUAGUUGACCUGCUCAUCCAACAGGGGGCAAAGGUGUACUUGAAAGACAAAGACGAUGGUCAAUUAGAAAUUGCUUGUAAGAAUGGACCGACGGACGUUGUGGAUGCGCUCAUUUCUCGUGGAUGUUGUGUAGGAGAGCGACAUCUGUACGCAGCAUAUUUGGGCAGACGGCGUGAUGUUGCAGAAUGUCUGGUCAAACAUGGCGUCCUAACUCCUCGUCUGCUAGAUGAUAUUCACAUCGUUUGUUUCCUUGGUCUAAGGGAUAGGUUCGACCAUUUGAUUAAAGGGGGCGUUAACAUCAAUCAGUGUGAUUCAGAUAAAAUGACGCCAUUUCUCGUUGCCGCACGAUUCGGUCACGUCGACCUCGUUCACAUGUGUUUGGAAUUUGGGGCAAAGAGCGACGAGGUUGAUGGUCGAAACUGGACCGCCUUGCAUCACGCUUCUGUUGGGGGUUACGAGUCUAUUGUUAGAAUCUUGGUAGAAAGGCGUCUAAACAUCGAAGCAAAAGAUGGAAAGGGGCGAUCAUCCCUCCAUCUAGCGUGCGAAAGGAAACACAUCAAUGUGGUCGAGUCUUUGCUUGAUUUUGGAGCAGCUGUGAAUGAGAUAGAUAUAUACGGACGAACACCUUUGUAUUAUGCUCGGACAAGAGAUGUUGCUGAAGCGUUGCUGGAUUGUGGCGCCGAUGUGAAUGCCAAAGAUUCUUACACCCGGACGCCAUUGCACGUGAUCUGCGAAUCACAGGACGCUGACGCAUGCGUAGUGGAAACACUCAUCGAACAUGGUGUGAAAUUAGAUGCGCGCGACUGGCGAGGAAACAUCGCUCUGGUGAACGCAUGUACAGCAGGAAAUGUGACAAUAGUGGAAACGCUGCUGAAAUAUACUUCAGCUACAGACAACAAAACUGGUCAAAUAUUAAUCUCCAACCUCGAGGAUGCUUUAGUAAGGAAUGCUGGUCUGAUCAAGAAUAUGAAAAUUGUCGAAACGCUUUCGAAAUAUGGCGUGAACCUUGACCGCACUGAUACCAGAGAGACUACCAAAGGGAACACACCUUUGAUCAACUCUCUCGAACUAUACGUUGACCUGAUGCAUGAUUUCCCUGACCUCCCUACCCCCGAGUUCCUCUUGACUGACGUCCGGUUGUUCGUAUUCGCCGGAUGUAGAAUCGACAUCUUGUUCAGCCGAAAGUUCCUCCUGAUGAACGCCUACCAGGCCAACCCAGACACGCUGCAUUUGAUCCUAGCAGCAGGGUGUGGAAUCAAAAGAAAUCUUGAUGAAGACCUUCUAUUUGAGAUAAUUAGCAAACGUGAUUGGGACACCUUAGGGUUCGUAAACGAGCUAGGCUACGAGAUACCCAUCGAAUCAGUUGACGCAUUGUGUGAAAGACAGGAUAUGGAAACGGAGAAGAUAGUCCGUCAGGUUAUAUUCCGUCCAAGAGAACUGAAAACCCAGUGCAGAUUGACUAUAAGGAAGGCACUCAGUAGCAAAGGCGAACCGCUGGGUUUGCCCACAACGGUUAACGGUACAAGAGGUCUCUCUCAUCGCAUCAAGGGGUUUGUAAAAGACAUAUUUCACACCCGGCAAAAGUCUGCGAAUCAUUUUAUUGUCAAGGCAAUUCCUUUGUCGACCAUUGGCCAGUUACCUCUUCCAAAGAGAAUGAAGGAUUAUAUCUCCUUCGAAUCACAAUGGUCUGUGCCUUGAGUGCCAGGUUCGUAUCUCAACACAAUCUAAAAACUUACAUAUCGCUAAAUCCAACUGGUUUCAGUCGUUCAAAGUGCUUUAAAGAACUACCCCUAUAGCUGUUGGCAUGAACAUCUACGUUUCAAGUUCCGCUCUCGGGAAGUAAUACAGGUCUUAGCUAAGGACUUACACCCAUACUUAUCAAGUAUUUCAAGUUGGUGUUCAGUUGGUCAAUAUGACGUUCACAGAAUCUAUGAUGACCCAUGGUAAAUCUAUGAUGAUGAUCACAAACCACUCUGUCACCCCAUUGAUUGGCGUGGGAGGCCCCAAGAGGCAUCAACCGUUCGCCGGACUUCAAGUAUAACACGUCCGAAUCAAACCCUAUUUGAACUAAUCACAGUCAUUGGCGCCUCUGCAUCUCGACCAAUAGAGCACUCUCAAAGGAAACAGUCCCCUUUCACUGAGGCGAGAACUCCAAUACUCUUGAUUUAAGUUUAUGAAGAUCAGGUUCGAUCAGCAACACAUAAUGUAGGUGGCGCACAAACACGAUGUAGGUUUUC